UCAGUCAUCACGACAUUGUAGGCCAUCAUGAACAAACACAGCAACAAGCUGAAACCUGCAAACAGCAUGAGCACCACUAACACACACACACACACACACACACACACACACACCAGGUACUGUAGUGUAAAGUCACACCCUGAUUCCCACUAUCUAACUAAGAAAUGUUUAUCACUGUGGGACUGUGCCAGCUUUCUGACAGCACUGAAUUUUAAUGAAACGAAAUAGAUGAGAUUAAAUGAAGUUAAUCUCAGAUAAAUGAAACCAUUUUAUACUUCUACUAUGGCUGCUAAAAACAUCCACAGCGUUUCGUCUACCAGAAAGUUUCCUGAAUUCUAAACUGGACGGAAACAUGAGUUUGUGCUAAAAUGAACGACAGAUAUCACCGAGCGGCGCGAGACGGUCAUGUGACCUUACUGAAGGAAGCCACCAGGAAAGAGCUGAAUGCUGAGGAUGAUGACGGUAUGACCCCGGUGCUCUGGGCGGCUCAUCACGGCAACCUGGAGGCUCUGAGAGUCAUGCUGGGGCGAGGUGGCGAGCCGGAUAAGUGUGAUCUCUGGGGAAACUCUCCUCUUCACCUGGCCGCAGCCAGCGGUCACCUGGACUGCCUUUCCUUCCUCGUGUCCUUCGGUGCCAACGUGUGGUGUUUGGAUAAUGACUACCACACGCCGCUGGACGUGGCAGCUGUGCGAGGACACAUGGACCUCGUGCGGUAUCUGGACUCCGUCGCCGCCAGGCAGAGCAGCCUGAAUCCCAAGCUGGUAAGGAAGCUGAAGGAGCGAGCGUUCCGUAACGCAGAGCAACGCAUUAAACGCUGCACGGAACUGCAGCAGGAAAACCAACGCCACAUGGAGAAAAAAUUCCUGAAAGAGACCAUGGAUUCAGGAGCGUCCGGUUCCCUGAGGUUCUCCAGCAACGGGCGUAAAAAUAUCCCACAAUUCAACACCGUUAACUCCAGAGUCACCUACACGCAGGUCACGCUGAACUCCACGGCCAAAGGUAGGAAGAAGAUCCUGAAGUGUCUGGAGAAAAGCAAGCAGGCUGAUGGAACCUUUAAGGUCUCUGAAGAUGGAAGGAAAAGUGUGCGAUCCCUUUCUGGGCUUCAGCUGGGGAACGACGUGAUGUUCCUGAAGCAGGAGACAUACACAAACCCUCGUCGCCGACUCCACGUUCGCAACAUGUUCCCUCCAAAUCCCAAUGACAACCAUGAUGAUGAUGAUGGUCCUGAUGUAGCCGUGGUUUCACACGCAGUGAGUGACCCAGGUUUGUACAAUGACCACAGACAGGAUUCUCUGUUCUCCAGGCCUGGUCUCGGGACGCUUGUUUUCCGGAGGAAUUACGGCGACGAUGGAGAUGAAGUCAAUCUGUACUGUGAAGAAAGUGAGGAGUCACUGUGGAGAGAACGGAAUAUUCACUUUAGAGAGAGCGUAUGUCUCCGAACUCCGAGCCUGGAGCAGGACACCAUCAGCAGCUGUCUUCAGAACAGACGCUUAAAGGAUUUUCGGUGGUAUGGUGACAACGACGAUGAUGAUGAUGACGACGACGAUGAUGAAGAGUAUGAUGAACUGCAGCCAUGCUCCUCUCCUCUAGAGGUGUUCUUGGUGUCUCAAGGUCUGGGCGAGUUCCUGCCCCUGUUCCUGAAGGAGCGGAUGGACCUGGAGGCUCUGAUGCUGUGCUCUGAGCCUAACUUGGCCAUCAUCAACGUUCCGCUCGGACCCAGGAAGAAGCUUCUGGAAGCCUGCAGUCGGCGCACACACACUCUGCAGCGAGGCAGGCCCAUGUGUGACUCUCAGCUCUGAGGGUGUGUGUGUGUGGAUGAAUUAGAUAAGAUAUACAAGUUAUUAUAAAUUAUUGCUGUUAGAAUUAGCAUGCUAAACUGAUCUUUGUUCCUCAAUUUAUGUAGCUAAUGGAUGCGGCUAAUUCAUAGCCAGUUUAUUACUUAGACCAUGAAGGAACAGGCUGGAAAGAGAAACAUCUCCUGUGUGCACAUAAAUAUCGUUUUAGACACAAUUUACAUCCUAUUAGUGAUUAAUAAAUCUUAAUAUGACUGAUCAAAUAAACAAAGUAGAAAGAUCAGGUUCUGUUUGUUCAUUAUUUAUUAGUUAACAAUCAUCAAAACAACCUGUCUGAUCUCAUCUCUCUAAACACAUGGACACACAGUUCAAUCUAAUUUUGUAUUUCUUGCUCAUCUCUUCCUGAGGAGUACAAAUAAAAUCGUCUUUAUUUUCCG